AUGGGAGACCGCACUUCAUUCAUACCUCCACAUGUGGGAGACAACGUGUUGCCAAACGUGCCCUUUUUCCACAGACUACUGCGUUAUGCGCAAUGUAAGCCUUCGCCCAUUGUGGUUCGCGACGUGGUUGCCGGCGUGGAAAAGACAUACCAUCAUCUUGUUUCGGAUGUGUUGGCUUUUCGCAAGGUUUUAGAAAUCUCACUCAGUCAUGAAGCUCGACGCGAUUUGGUUGCGGACAAGGAGAUAUAUAUUGGGUUACUUGCACCGGGAGGGUAUGAAUUUACCGUCGGCUUCAUCGCAAUCCUCGCAAUCGGUGCAGCAGUCGUGCCUAUGGCAGCAGCAGCAGCCACAUUGCCAGCAGAAGAAGCCUCGUACUUCUUAUUGAAAGCGCGAUGUGUAGCUCUAGUAGCCAGCAAAGCCAGCGAAAAUACCGCCCAGUCUGUGGUUCGCUAUAUGAGAGAAAGCAAAGGCGUACACGUCCCCUGCAUAUCCCCAAUAGCGUCUCAUUUCCAUCCCACGCUUCUCCCGUCAGAUGAUGUGACCAUCUCCUCCGGCCCAGUUCCAGACAUGAAUGCGGCAGCACUGGUAAUCUUUACAUCCGGUACGACAGGGCCCCCGAAGGGAGCUGUACAGCGUCGUAGUUAUAUCUUUGGGAAUGGGGAGGCCGACGCGGACUACUACCAAAUCACAGACAAGGACACAGUUCUCCAUGUCCUUCCAGUGCAUCAUGCUUCCGGCGUGGGUCUGACUUUUCUUCCGUUCCUCGCGGCCGGUGCAUGUAUUGAGUUCCGCAGUGGAAGCUUCGACACAGCGUGGACGUGGGACCGCUGGCGACAGGGAGGUCUUACCUUUUUCUCCGGAGUUCCCACCAUAUACAUGCGUAUGAUGCGGUACUAUGAAGAGAAUAUUGCACACCAACCUCCUGAGAUACGUGACCAGUAUAUCGCUGGUGCGCGUCAGAUUAGAGCGAUGCUCUGUGGUACUUCGGCACUUCCAGGGCCUGUACAAGAGUUCUGGCAUCAAAUUAGGGACAAGCCGAUUCUCACUCGAUAUGGUGCGACAGAGUUUGGUGCAGUCAUUAAGACUGAACUGGACUCCGAUGGAACACCGCAAAACAGUGUUGGUCGUGUUGCUGAGGCGGUCUCACUCAAGCUUACCGAUGAAGGCCAGAUAUUAGUGAAGUGCCCUUACAUGUUUUCCAAGUAUCUCUUUGAUGAGAAAGCCACUGCGGAUGCACACGACGCCGAGGGGUACUUCAAAACUGGAGAUAUUGCUCGCCGCGAGGGAAGAUAUUAUUUCAUCCUAGGCCGUGCCUCGAUCGAUAUCAUCAAGUCGGGUGGCUACAAAAUCUCUGCGUUGGAUAUCGAACGCGAAAUCCUGGGUCUGGAUUAUGUUUCCGAGAUCAUGGUUGUGGGCGUUGAAGAUGAGGAGUUUGGUCAACGAGUUGCUGCUACUAUCAGCCUGAAACAAGAUCAAAACACAACCCGUAAGAGCCUCACAAUUGCUGAGCUACGGGACGAUCUACGGAGUAGGAUGGCUGGGUAUAAGAUGCCGACUAUUCUUCGUGUGGUCCAAGGUGAGUUGCCUAAGUCGGGGACGGGGAAGGUACAGAAGAAGAUAUUGGGGCCACAAUUCUUUCCGCCUAACUAUCGAGAGCUGCCUGAGGUACAAGUCUGGAGCAGGGAGAAUAAGGCCAAACUAUAG